AAAGAACUCAUUCCUCAUCUCAAUCACUCGCACCCCUCAGCGCCAUCUUUUUUCCCUUUAUUUUUGUGCAUGCUUUUGACACCUCCCAAAGCAUUAUGUCCGAUCCCAGAGCUGGUGCAGCAUCUAUGGAAUGCGAUCAAGAUCAUGAUUCCAACAACUACAUUGGUGGAGUCAAGCUUACCGCUCUCAUGAUCUCGAUAUCUCUUUGCAUGUUCCUAGUAUCUUUGGACCGGACCAUCAUAUCGACCGCCAUACCCAGCAUCACGAACGAAUUCCAGUCCUUCGACGACAUAGCAUGGUACGGGAGCGCCUACAUGUUGACUGGGUCGGUAAUGCAGCUGCCCUUGGGCACUGUGUACCAGAUAUAUGCGCCCAAAUAUGUAUUCCUAGCGAUCGUGUUGGUAUUCCUUGUAGGCUCGGCCGUAUGCGGCGGGGCCUCGCAUUCCCUCGCUGUGAUUCUCGGCCGUGCUGUUCAGGGCAUCGGGUCGGCGGGAAUUACAGCCGGCUGCAUGAUCAUCAUCACCGAGACCGUGCCGUUGCCUAAGAGACCAAUGUACAUGGGGAUUCUAGGAGCGGUCUUUGGGGUCUCAGCUAUUGCUGGACCCCUGCUUGGAGGCGCUCUGACCACUGGUGCCUCGUGGCGGUGGUGCUUUCUGAUCAAUCUGCCUAUAGGCGCGGUUGCAAUGAUAGUCAUAUUUCUUGUGUUUCCUGACGGGGGAAAAGGGAGCGGUACUGAUGAGGCGGGACAAGACACUGCAGCGAUUACUACUGGCGGUGCUGGGGGCAACAACAUGCGCUUUUGGGAACAGUUCCAACGGUUCAAUCCGCUCGGCGUUUUUUUCAUGGUUCCGGCUGUGGUAUCUCUGGUGCUGGCUUUGGAAUGGGGUGGCUCAACCUAUGCUUGGAAAUCCGCCCAGAUAAUUGUUCUCCUCAUUCUUAGCGGCAUGCUUUUCGUUCUCUUUGGCGUGGACCAGUGGCUGGAAGGGGACCGCUCGAUAAUCAAGCCACGGCUCAUCGCAGACAGGACCGUGGCGGCCAGUGCGCUGUACACGGCAUUUAUCGGCGCCUCGAUGAUGAGCCUUAUCUAUCACUUGCCAAUCUGGUUCCAAGCAAUCAAGGGUGCCAGUGCGGUCAAGUCGGGGGAGAUGAACAUCCCGUUGCUCCUAUCCCUGGUCAUCGGAUCCAUGAUCUCGGGGAUUCUGGUAUCCAAGCUAGUCGGUUACCCAUCGCCAUUCAUGAUCAUCUCAUCUGUCCUGAUGACGGUGGGCGCGGGGCUGCUCAGUACUUUCACCGUGGCAACAGGCCACGCCGAAUGGAUCUCAUAUCAGGUUCUCUUUGGUAUCGGCCUAGGCCUAGGCAUGCAGCAGGGGGCGACGGCAGUCCAGACGGUGGUCCUCAAAGCCGACGUACCCUCCGUACUCUCUCUCCUAUUCUUCUGCCAACAACUGGGAGGUUCAAUUGCCCUUGCCAUUGCACAGAACAUUGUCUCUGGCAAACUGGUCUCGGGCCUGCAUGCCAGUCUUCCAGGUCUGGACACAUCAGCUAUCAUGAGCGCCGGUGCAACGCAGCUCAGAAGCAUCGUUCCGAGCGAGUCGCUAGCAACACUCCUGCAGAUAUACAACGAGGCCGUGACAACCUCUUUCUACCUCACCGCAGCCACAUCUGCAGUCACAUUCCUCGCUGCGUGGUUCGUCGUGCCGAGAAGCGUUCUAGAGCCAACGAAGCGCAAAGAUAACAGAGAUCCGAGAGAAAAGAAUAGGCUGGUCUAG